AUGUUUGCUCAGCCAUUUGUUGGUCAACUCGGCAGAGGUCAUAUUGACGGUGUGUACAGCAUUGCUAAGAACUCGAGAAGCUUGAACAGAUUGGCCACUGGAAGUGGUGAUGGUAUCAUCAAAUUGUGGGAUAUGUCUGCCCGAGAUGAAGUCUUCUCGGUUAAAGCACACGAAAAUAUUGUACGAGGUUUGACCAUGACUCCCAGUGGUUCUCUGUUGUCAUGUGCCAGUGACAAGACUGUCAAGUUGUGGAACGUUAAAGAUGCCAAGAGCGCUAGUGAACCCUUACAAACAUAUCUCGGAGUUGGUGCUUUCAAUGGAAUUGAUCACCACAGAGAUGAAGGUAAAUUUGUUACUGCCGGUACCACAGUCGAGCUAUGGGACACUGCUAGAUCUAAACCUACAAGCAACCUGUCAUGGGGUGCUGAUAAUGUGAACACCGUCAAAUUUAACCAGACUGAAACUUCUAUUCUUGCAUCUGCUGGCUCUGAUAGAUCGUUGGUUAUCUACGAUCUCCGUACCGCAUCUCCAGUUCAAAAACUGGUGUCCACACUCAGCACCAACGCUAUCGCAUGGAAUCCAAUGGAGGCAUUUAACUUUGCUGCUGCCAGUGAAGACCACAAUAUCUACCUUUACGACAUGCGUAAGCUGGAUAGAGCAUUAAAUGUAUACAAGGACCAUGUUGCUGCAGUUCUGGAUGUCGACUUUUCGCCCACUGGACAAGAGUUAGUUACCGGUUCGUACGACCGGUCCAUUAGAAUCUUCCGUCUUAAAGAAGGUCAUUCCAGGGACAUUUACCACACCAAACGAAUGCAAAGAGUGUUCUGUGUCAAAUUCUCAAUGGAUUCAAAAUACAUCAUUUCCGGAUCAGACGACGGUAAUGUGCGACUGUGGCGAAGUGUGGCAUCGCAACGCUCGGGUGUCAAAUCCACUCGUGAACGGACCAAACUCGAAUACGACGAUGCGCUCAAAGAACGAUUCAAGCACAUGCCCGAAAUCAAGCGCAUUGCCAGACACAGACACGUUCCCAAAGCCAUCAAGAAGGCAUCCGAGAUCAAGAAAGUCGAGCUCGAGAGCAUCAAACGCCGUCAAGACAACAUGCGCCGCCACAGCAAGAAAGGAGCUGUGCCUUACGAAAAAGAGCGCGAGAAGCACAUCGUCGGCACCGCCAUCAAAGACUAG